UCAUUGUUCCAUUUCAGAGGUUGAUAUUUUGAGAGAUUAAAAUAUUUUUUCAGCUUAUUAAAUAAUUCAUCCUAUGUGCAAAUAAUUAAAAUUCUAGCGAUCACCAGCGUUGCACAAUGUUGUCGUUCUUCCGCAGAAAAACUUCCGAGGAUCUAACAGCGUCACCUGGUUGUUCCGAUGCUGUUGAAGCAUCUGCUACACCUCAUAAAAAAGAAGUCUCACCAUCGCCAACCUUAUCGCAGCUCGGUUAUCGCGGUGAGGAUGACCUCAAAGAAACAAUUUACGACUUUUUGCGCACUAUUCGGGACCCGGAGAAGCCUAACACCCUUGAGGACCUUAAGGUGGUGUACGAGGAAGGCAUCUUCGUCCAGAAACCAACCGAAGGAAACGUCUAUGUGGUGCGAAUCGAGUUCAACCCGACGGUGCCGCACUGUUCACUGGCCACCUUGAUUGGCCUGUGCAUUCGGGUUAAAGUCCAACGAAAUCUCAACCAUAAUCUAAAGUUGGAUAUCUACAUCAAAAAGGGGGCCCACUCCACGGAAGAUGAAAUUAACAAGCAGAUCAACGAUAAGGAACGGAUAGCAGCUGCCAUGGAGAAUCCCAAUUUACGGCAGCUGGUGGAAAGCUGUAUUAAAGACGAAGACUGAACAAUGCAUGGCCAGGUGCGGCAUAUCGCACAAGUAAAGUCUGGACGGUAGUUUUGUAGAGGUGCAUGGUGCGAUUAUUUUUUUUUAUAUCCUAAAGCAAGUUUAUUAAUAAAAUUUAUUUAUAGAGCAGAA